CUCUCUAAGCCAGUUGAGCUCCAGCUGUGUACAUGAGAGCUGGAUGGGUUUUUUUUUUCUUUUUUUUUUUGAUGUAUGAAGAAAUAAGUGGCAGCAUGCUGUAGUGCUGCUGGUCACUGGAUGAAGAUGAGAACGAGGAGCUAUGCGAUGUGGCAGCCAAAGCAGGCAGCAGGUGCUGAGACGCAGAUAAACUCAAAGGCAAGCGUGCAGGGCUCAUGAACAACUAGCCUGAUCUUAGUUCCUCUGCAGGCCCACGGACUGUGGAGCCUAGUGCUCGCUCUACGGGAAGCAAUGGCAGAGCAGGAUCAGUCCUACCCCACUGAACCCACAGGCCCACACUGUAACAGUAGUUGCCUGCCACCCCCUAGGCACAACCAAUGUGACUUGUUCAACUGCUCACAACUGGAGUGCUACAUGGUCCUGAGUGACAUGGAGAAAAAAGCCAUCAGUUCCAUCUGUUACUUGGCAGGUCCUGUCACUUUUCUAGAGAACAUGCUAGUGCUGUUGCUCAUUGGGAUAACCCCCGCUCUGCGACGACGCCCGUCCUACCUAUUCAUUGGUAGCCUGGCCCUGGCCGAUGUCUUUGCAAGCUGUUUCUUCACCAUCAGCUUCCUGGACUUCCACCUGUACCAGCGGCAUGACCAACAGAUUGCUUACCUCUUCAAGCUGGGCGGCGUCACCCUGGCUUUCAGUGGCUCUGUAGGCAGCCUGCUCCUAACAGCAAUGGACCGCUACAUCUGCAUCCACCGGGCCUCCGAGUACAAGGCAGUACUGACCCGCCGGCGUGCCCUGGGCUGCCUGACGGCACUGUGGGCCACCGUCUUCCUGGUCUCCUUCCUACCUCUAAUGGGAUGGACGUGCCAAACUGAGCUGACCCCACCCUGCUCCCGCCUCUUCCCUUACGUCAACCAUCUUUAUAUGACCUGCUGGACGAUCUUAAUCCUGGUUCUGCUGGCAAUCAUCCUGGGUGCCUAUGCGCUCAUUCUUUGGAAGGCACACCGGCAUGAAGCUUCUAUGGCGACCCAUAUGACAGGGCCAAGUGGCCAGGCGCGCAUGCGCAUGGAUAUCAGAGUGGCCCGCAUGCUAGGCCUCAUCCUCCUCAUCUUAGUAGGGUGCUGGCUGCCUGUGCUGUCCUUCAUGCUGGCUGACGUCUCCUUCUGCCUGACACAUGCCCACCAACGCGCCUUCGCUUUUUGCAGCACGCUUUGCCUGGUGAACUCCGCCGUCAACCCGCUGCUCUAUGCCCUACGCUGCCGCGAGCUGCGAGGGGCGCUGGCACAUGCCUUCCAACGGUUCCUUUGCAGCCGGUGCCACUACAGGGCCUCCUCGGAGGACACCGGCUACUGCGGCUAUAGCGAUGAUCUCACUCUGGAAGGCGAGGCCGGAACAUUUGUACACACCAUAGUCAACUCACUUUCCAAGAGAGUGGACAAACAACAGCUGGAGCUUGUCAGGAAGUGAAAGAUGUAGACUCGGCAGAAGAGCAGCAUGAGAAAGGGAAUCUGUCAUUUUUGCUCUAGUCUCUCAUUUGUUUACAUGUGUAAGUGGGGUCUAGUGUCUGUGGUCGUGAACUGAUGAGUGGAUAACAGGUCAUGAAAAAGACAGUCAUCGAUAUAAAGUUGCGCCUUCUCAACA